UCCUGCCGUGGCCAUGCACUGCGUGCGUCUUCUCGCGCAACAUGGCGACCGGCAAGGGUCUUGCCGCGAUUCUUCGCCCGAGGACCAUCAACCUUAUCGGGAACAAUAAGCUGAAUAAGUUCUCGCGCAGCGUUUUGCGGCAAUGCAGCGCGUGCCAGCGAUACGUGGUGACCGUCGCGUCUGCUGUCGAUUGGAGUAGCGACAAAAACGUAGGGAGAAUAGCGCAGCAACACAGGGCCAUACACCUAACAAGUAGACUGUUAAAACGCAACUAUUACGAGAUCCUGGGCGUCUCCAAGAACGCCGCGGCGAAGGACAUAAAGAAGGCUUAUUAUCAGCUCGCGAAGAAGUAUCAUCCUGACACGAAUAAGGGAGAUCCGGACGCCAACAAGAAGUUCCAAGAAGUUUCCGAGGCGUACGAGGUGUUAAGCGACGACACCAAGAGAAAGGAAUAUGAUACGUGGGGCGCGACCUCGGAGCAAAUGGGUAUGGGAAUGGGCCACGGUCAGGGUGGGCCCAAAAACUACAGUCAACACUGGCAGUACAGGUCGACCAUCAAUGCCGAGGAGCUAUUUAGAAAAAUAUUCGGCGACGCCGGAUUCCAAAGCGGGGCCUUUAACGAUUUCGAAGACUUUACGGAAACCAAGUACGGUUUCGGUGCGGCUCAAGAGGUGAUAAUGAAUUUGACGUUCUCCCAAGCCGCCAGAGGCGUUAACAAGGACAUCAACGUGAACGUAAUAGACGCCUGUCCGAAGUGCGGAGGUUCGCGCUGCGAGAUAGGAACCAAGCCGGCGAAGUGUCAGUACUGCGACGGUACGGGAAUGGAGACGAUAGCCACCGGUCCUUUUGUAAUGAGCUCGACUUGCCGGUACUGCCAAGGCACGAGGAUGCACAUCAAGUUCCCGUGCACGGAGUGCCACGCGAAGGGACAAACGGUACAACGCAAAAAAAUAACGGUGCCGGUCCCAGCCGGAGUAGAGGACGGCCAAACGAUCCGUAUGGCGAUGGGCAACAAAGAGAUAUUCGUGACAUUCCGCGUGGAGAAGUCUCGGUACUUCCGCCGUGACGGGCCCGACGUGCACACCGACGCGGAAGUCUCGCUGGCGCAGGCGGUGCUGGGCGGUACGAUUCGAGUGGAAGGCGUGUACGAGGAUCAGACGAUACAAAUAAUGCCGGGCACGUCCUCCCAUACGCGAAUCCGCUUGAACGGCAAGGGACUGAAGAAGGUCGACGGACUGGGCUACGGUGAUCAUUACGUGAAUGUCAAGAUCACCGUGCCCAAGCAAUUGACGGAAAAGCAGCGGGCGUUGUUUCAGGCGUACGCCGAACUCGAGACCAACACUCCCGGCAGUGUAUACGGUGUAACGUAUAAGACGGACGGCACGUCAGGUCCAAAGACGCAAACUCAAGCGAGGCGAGAGGUCCAAAAUGAUCAGAAUGAUGGUCUACUUGGAAAAAUUAAAAAAGCUAUAUUUGGAUAGAGAAUGAAUUGUACGAAAGAAUGCUAUUCAGGUCCAUUGCACUUGGUGGAGUCUAUACGAGUAGCGUUAGGAAAUAUGCCUAACCGCGAAA